AUGACCAACUCCCCAGAAGUGUUGUGGCAAAGCGCCUAUUUUUCCCUUGUCCCGCUGGCUAUCAGCGUCAUGACUCAACCUUGCGGCGACAUGUUACUUCUCCCAUCUCACAAUCGAAUCUACCUGCGAGUUUCUCCAAUCGUGUGCGCACUCGACAGUCUCGCGAUUCUGAUACGAUUCUGCGUCUACAUAUCCAGCGGCAUAGGUAUCCGCAAUAGCGCAAGAAAAAUAGAGAAGAAGAGGUUCAAGGUCAAGUUUGGGCUAGCGUUGAGAGAUGCUGAUCCAGAUCGUGAAGAAAUCUCCCGAAGCCUGGAGAAUCUGACGUUUUUGCGAUGGAUCCUCUUCGCAAUAGGGACAUUGCCUACGACAAUCAGACUGUUGGCGAUGGGUGGGGUGCCCUGGACCAAGGCCUUCGGGAUCAUGUUCCUGGUAUCGUUCUUCGUGGUUGAGAUUGUGGUGGUAUUCAUAGGGAAAGAUUUGGGUCGGUCUUCUAUUCCCAGGUCGCCACAGUACAAGGACGACGAUCCAGGAGCAGAGAAGCGCGAAGAGCAUCUGAAGAAAAUCGAUCAUCUCGGCGCGGUCUUUGGACUUUUAUUACACAUGGGCCUUCUAACCUGGGCCUGGAUCAUGAUUUGUCGCCGCGCAAACGGCUACCUGAUGCGUGAUGUGAUCCUUCUCAUCAAAGUCAUCACCUCCAUUUUGGUUCUCGCGAAAUGUUCGCGAAUGUUUCGGGCCAAGAUCCUGCUUAUGAGCGAGGAUACUGAGUACAGCAAUCCUCAACGUUGGGUGGAUGGGACGUUUACCGUCGACGAGGAGGAAUACCUGGACAGUUCAAUUUAUUCCUGGACGAUGUUUCUGGUCAAUAUCGUUACACCACUUGUCUGGUAUAGGAUCUAUGGUUAUGUCCGGCGCUUCGUGGAUCAUCCGUCACGACUGGCGUCACAACAUGCACUGGCCAGAGCAUAUCAAGCGAAUGGACAGGUCAAGGAGGCGGUGUCGCUACUGAAGGAGGUGGUCGAGAUCCGGGAGCAGAUACUGGCAGAGGAUCAUCCGGAUCGACUGGUGUCACAAGAAGUACUAGCUACAAUCUAUUGGGACCUUGGCCACCACAACAACGCGGUCCACAUGAUGAAGCACGUCGCUGGUAUAAGAAGUCAAGUGCUUGACGAACAGCACCCGGGCUGGAAGAACUCAGAAGCUUGGCUCGAGUAUUUCAAGGAUGAGUUGCGUGAGCUCGAGCCUACAUAG